GCUCCCCUUCCCAGCAAGAUGCCUCAUUUGGCAAAACUCCUUUUAUUAAUCUUUUGCUUAGUGCUUCUGGUGGAAAGCAGAAAGCACAGGAGGAGGAGGUGGACGAGCCAGCUGGACGCGCCGCGAGCGAGUCACAUCUUUAAGAAGAAUCAUGACAUGACCAAAGCCUGGAGAGGAAAGACAGAGCAGCUUCUCAGAGUGGAUGAACAUGACUUCACCAUGCGCCCAGCGUUUGGAGGCCCUGCAAUUCCUGUUGGGGUGGAUGUGCAAGUUGAAAGCUUGGACAGUAUUUCUGAGGUUGACAUGGAUUUCACUAUGACCCUAUACUUGAGGCACUACUGGAAGGACGAGCGGCUCUCGUUCCCCAGCACCAACAACAAGAGCAUGACCUUUGAUGGCAGGUUGGUGAAGAAGAUCUGGGUCCCUGAUGUCUUCUUUGUGCAUUCCAAGAGGUCCUUCAUCCAUGACACCACCACGGACAACAUCAUGCUGAGAGUGUUCCCUGAUGGUCACGUCCUCUACAGCAUGAGGGUCACAGUGACAGCAAUGUGCAACAUGGACUUCAGCCACUUCCCCCUGGACUCUCAGACCUGCUCUCUGGAGCUGGAAAGUUAUGCUUACACUGAUGAGGAUCUGAUGCUGUACUGGAAAAAUGGGAACGAAUCUCUGAAAACCGAUGAAAAGAUUUCUUUGUCUCAGUUUCUGAUACAAAAAUUCCACACUACAUCAAGACUGGCUUUCUACAGCAGCACAGGUUGGUACAAUCGCCUCUACAUAAACUUCACUUUACGUCGACACAUCUUCUUCUUCUUGCUCCAAACCUACUUCCCUGCAACCCUCAUGGUCAUGUUGUCCUGGGUGUCCUUCUGGAUCGAUCGCCGAGCGGUUCCUGCCAGAGUAUCUUUGGGGAUCACCACUGUGCUGACCAUGUCCACGAUCAUCACUGGGGUGAAUGCCUCCAUGCCUCGUGUUUCCUACAUCAAAGCAGUGGAUAUUUACCUGUGGGUCAGUUUUGUGUUUGUCUUCCUCUCGGUGUUGGAAUAUGCAGCUGUGAACUACCUGACGACGGUGCAAGAGAGGAAGGAGAGGAAACUGCGUGAGAGGUUUUCCUGUUCCUGUGGAAUACCUCAUUCAAAAAGUAUGAUGCUAGAUGGAAACGACAGUGAAUCUGAUGCCAACAGCCUGGCAGGAUAUACAAGAAACCAGAUGGUACCAGAAGAAGAAAAGCAAGAAAAGAUGGUUGUGCAUUUAGCUAUGAGCAAUGAAUCGAACUCAUCGAGGAAGAGAGGCCUGAGGGGCCACGUGGGAUUGCGCAUCAUCCAGAACACUCAUGCCAUUGAUAAGUACUCCAGACUGAUAUUCCCAGGCACCUAUAUAUUCUUUAAUUUGAUAUAUUGGUCUGUCUUUAGCUAA